AUGCUACCUGUCCUUAAUGUACCCAGUCUAUCAACGGAUGCCCCAGUCAUCGUGUGGUUAAACAGUCGUCUAGUAAAGAUCAUUCCCGUAUAUAUGAAUCAAAACAAGGAAGAAUAUUAUGAUUUCUGUGAUAUAUGUGGUGCUCAACUGUACGGAAUUGAAAAAUGCAAUGAUGCUAUACAUCGUCGUGAAGAAAUAAAAAACUCUAAACUCUUUUCUGCUGAAGAAAAAAAUUGUCUCAGCUUGUAAUAUUUAAAUAAUACAUUUUUUUUAAAACCAACUUCCGUCUAUUUAUCUAUAUAAACACUCGCACACACACAAUUCCUAAUUCGAAACAGCAAGGACUUUGUCCACCACUAGAAAGCUUCAAGACGUUUUGGAAUUAUAUCAGCUUACACAAUUAAUUAAUAACCCUACGCGGUAUUACCCAGUCUAGCCAAUCAUUAUUGGAUGUAGUAAUUGCGUCAAUGCCUGAAAAAAAAUUUUUUCAGGUGUAGUCCAUCUCGGAAUUAGUGAUCACAGCCUCAUUUACAGUAUUCGGAAAAUAAGUACAAGAAUAAAAACUGAUUUACAAGGUUCUGUCGAGUAUAGAAAUUUUAAGAAUUUCAAUAUUCCUUGGGUAAGCCGGGAAGUAAAGGAAAAAUUAUUUAAAAGAGAUGCUCUUAAGCGUAAAGCAAUAAAGACAAAUAAAGAAGAAGACUGGAGACUAUAUAAGUCAUCUAGAAAUGAUGCCAACACUGCUUUGUGCAGUGCUAAAAGAGAUUAUUAUGCAAACAAAUUCACAAAUAAUAAACAGAAUCCUAAAUAUGCUUGGAGAACAAUAAACGAUAUAGUAGGUCGAAUUAAUGAAAUUAAACUUCCAGGUAAAACUGUUACAUCGACCGACGAAUUAGUCGACAUUUUUAAUGAUCAUUUUAGUAAUAUUGGCCCAAAGCUUGCUGAGUCUAUUCCAAAUGACAAUGACGUUAGUUUUCGAGAUUUUAUUACUCAACAAAAAUCUAAGACAAAGAACAGUUUCUCAUUUCGACCAGUGAGUGUAACAUUGGUUUACACUCUUCUAGUUAAUUUGUCUACCACCAAAGCAACUGGAAUGGAUAAAAUUUCAGCUAAAAUUCUACAAGUAGCAGCUCCAGUUAUUGCACCUUCUCUUACUGAGAUUUUUAAUAUGUCAAUUGACUCGGAUCAAUUUCCUUCUGAUUGGAAAGCUGCAAGGGUUAUUCCAUUGUUUAAGAAAGGUCAGCGGUCCAUGUUGGACAACUAUAGACCGAUAUCAAUCCUUCCUGUAGUAAGUAAACUUGUGGAAAGAAUUAUGUAUGAUCAAAUGUAUGAGUAUCUUAACCAGAAUAAUCUUUUCUCAAAACACCAUUUGGUUUCAGACCUUAUCAUUCCACAACUACUACAUUAUUGGAUUGUACGAACGAAUGGUAUACCAACAUGGACCGUGGGCUGUAUAACUUAG